AUGCUGGACUCACUGUCUGAGGUCGUGCUGUUCAAUGGCUACACGUGCGUGUAUCGGGUGGCAGCGGAUGUGGCCAUGUACGUUGUCGGCGCCCCGCACGAAAACGAGCUCAUCCUCAUGUCGGUCCUGGAUGGUAUGUAUGACACGCUAUUCAUUCACAUGAAGGACCAGGUCGAUGCCCUCGCCAUUCUCGAGCACCUCACCUCGGUCCUGCUGCUGCUCGACGAGAUGGUCGACAACGGCAUCAUCAUCGAGACCACUCCCGAGAUCCUUGUCGAGCGCAUCCGCAACGAGCCGCGCGGCUCCAAGAAGCUUGCCAAGGCCGCGUCGUCCGCCAUGGACAAGGGUCUCGACAAGCUCAAGCGCGCUCUGCUCUCGUAG